AUGACAUCUAUAUUUGGAGAUUUAAUUUUACAAGACAAUGGAAGAAUCAUAAAUCGAUCGGGGAAGGUUUUUGGUUCCGAUAACUUCUCAUACCAUCAAAUAUCUUUGACUGUACAUGUGAUAUCAUCAAUUAACAACACAACCCCAAUCGCAACAAUUCCAGGUUUAAGUGCCAUUUUCGCGUACAAUAGAUCGAAAGGUCAAGUCACAAUAUAUUUCUCCACACUCACAUUACCAGCAAACACCGGUGGAUACGCAGAUAAGAUGCUCGGGUUCACUUGGACAUCAACUACCAUUCCAACCAGGGUUACCAGUGCAUAUUGUUCAUUCAUUUGUGUUGACUCUACCGUGCUUUCCCUUGGCUCAGCGACACCACUUAAUUUACGUCUAUAUUCGCUUCCUCCAGCUGGUAUGACAUCAACAGAACAAUUAACGGUUGCUGUUCAACCAGCACAAUACUACACUGAUACAACAGUUUAA